CCUUCUGAGGCGCUUCUCCGCCGCCGCCUCUCCGCUUUCCAAGCUCGGGGUGCUUUCGUCGGGUCGGUGAGUGUGGGGCGGCCCGUGUGGGGCGAGGAAGAGAUACUGGAGGAGGAGGAGCCGUUGCCCCCGAGGGCCUCAAGCGGCCGCUCCCCGCGAGGCAGCGCAGGGGGCGCGCAACCCAAGCCGCAGCCGCGUGCCUCGGGGUUGCCGAGGGACUCCGCCGGCCCUGAGGAGCCCGCCGGGCUGAGGGCAACUUUAACAUUUCGUGCCUGUGGAGUUGUAUUACCAAGUUUGGAUUCCAUGUCUUUCCUUGUAAGUAAACCAGAACGGAUUAGGAGGUGGAUGUCUGAGAAGUUCAUUUUUGAAGGCUUGAGAGAGUUGGAAAUCUUUGGAGAGCAGCCUCUGGGUGACUCUCGGAGAAAAACCAAUGAAGCAAGCUCAGAGUCAAUAGCAUCUUCCCCCAAAAGGGACAUCAUGAACAGUUAUUUGCCUGACAUUAGUUGUUACGAACUCCUGACCAUAAUAGGGAGGGGCUUUGAGGAGCUAAUGACUGUGUAUCUGGCACGGUAUAAACCAACAGGAGAGUUUGUCACUGUCCGAAGGAUCAACUUAGAAACCUGCACCAAUGAAAUGGUGGCAUUCUUGCAGGGUGAGCUUCUUGUGUCCAAGUUGUUCAGUCACCCUAACCUUGUGCCAUAUAAAGCUGCCUUCAUAGCUGACAAUGAGCUGUGGGUUGUUACAUCUUUUAUGGCCUAUGGUUCUGCUAAGGAUUUAAUUUGCACACAUUUUAUGGAUGGAAUGAACGAACUAGCUAUAGCAUAUAUCCUCCAAGGUGUACUGAAGGCCCUUGAUUACAUUCACCAUAUGGGAUAUGUUCACAGGAGUGUGAAGGCCAGUCAUGUCCUGAUUUCUGCAGAUGGGAAAGUAUAUCUUUCUGGCCUGCGCAGUAACCUUAGCAUGAUCAGUCAUGGUCAGCGUCUCAAAGUAGUUCAUGACUUCCCCAAGUACAGCAUCAGGGUCCUACCAUGGCUAAGUCCAGAGGUCUUACAGCAGAAUCUGCAAGGCUAUGAUGCUAAAUCAGACAUAUACAGUGUAGGAAUAACAGCUUGUGAACUGGCAAAUGGUCAUGUCCCCUUCAAGGAUAUGCCUGCAACACAGAUGCUUUUGGAGAAGCUCAAUGGCACUGUACCAUGUCUCCUGGACACGACCACAAUUCCUCCAGAGGAGCUGACCAUGAAACCAUCACAUUCUGGGGCUAGCACUGGCCUUGGGGAAAGCACAGCAGCCAGCAGCGCCAGGGCCUCUAAUGGCGAGGCAGCACCACAUCCAUACAACCGUACCUUCUCACUCUCCUUCCACCUUUUUGUGGAGCAGUGCUUGCAGCGGAACCCUGACUUGAGGCCUAGUGCAAGUGCACUGCUCAACCAUUCCUUCUUCAAACAGAUUAAACGCCGUGCAUCUGAAGCACUUCCUGAACUUCUAUAUCCAGUUACACCAAUCGCCAGCUUUGAAGGUGUGCAGGCACAAGAUCCUAACCUUAUUUUUGGACUGGUUUCCAAUCUGGAGCAACUUGAGGUGGAUGACUGGGAUUUUUAGAUCACCAAAAGAAGCAAACACAUGAAAGUAUAGAAGUCCUUCUGAAAUUUUUCUACAUAGUUAAUUUAUUUAACCUUUUUUCCCUUCCUUAUAAAGCCAUGAUGAAUGUUAUGUUGUACUUUGUGUUCCUUAGGAAAGCAAACUGAAUGACACUUACACUGCAGCAAGGCCAGGGAUCAGACUGUGGGAGGUGGAAGAAGUAAAUGGUAAAGAUAUAUUGCCAGAGAUCUCCAUUUCUGAUUAUGAUUAUGGCUACUUUGUCAGUGGAGCUCAGUUGAACCUGUCUUCUCUGCCAUCUCUUCGUAGAAGUCUAAUGUAGACAGGAUAUGUUCCGGUGUUUUAGUUACCUGUUCAAGGAAUUGCCUUUGAGAUAGCUGAAAGUGCGCAUAGAUGCUCACAUGCCACUUUGCAAAUGCUCACUUAUAGCAUCAUAAUAGAAAAUUUGUAGCUUUUAUAAGUCAAAAUGCUGGUAGUGUUCUUAACAGGUAUGUCUUAUAUUGAACUUUGUCUUCCUUUGCUUGAAAUUUUUCCUGUAUCCCAGCAAUUUAGGAUGGGAAUGGUAAAUUAAUCCUGUGGUGCUAAGAAUCCUCGGCUGGAAAUCAGGGGUAGACUCAGUACUUUCUACUUUAAGCCAGUGUCCCUCAUUGAUGUCAUUACUGUCCCAUCUGUGGAUCUAUGUAAGGCUGAGUGCUGUGCACUCUUUAUUAUUAUUAUAAAAGCUUCAACCAUCUCUUCCAAGUAGAGAAUGCAUUUGAACUUGCUCAGUAGCUUCAGCAAAGGUAUCAUCCCUGAACAUUUCUCUGGCUUGUUGAAGAUUCUUUAUAUUUGUUUCAAUGCCAAAGUACACUCAUUUUUCACACAUUUGCUGUAGUUUUCAUUCUCAGAUUAUUUUAGUGUUAUAUAGCUUCUGUCUAGCACAGGUCACAAGUGAUGAUACAUCUUUGCAAAACUGCUUUUGUCAACUACACUCUUGGCUUGCUUGUAGAGUGUUCCUAACUAUAUGUAGUACAUUUUUAUUCUCCUUAGCUUUUACCUUGUUACCCGUUUUUCCUUAAUCAAGUAUUGAGCCUAACCUCUUCCUGCAUCUAGCUGACUAGAGCAGUUGCAGGGCUUUGCAUACCUGCUUCUUAACUGCACUUGAACCAAAGUUACAUUUACUGUUCUAGUUUGUUGCCAAUAAAAUAUUUCUGAACUUCUAGCUGA